AUGGCACCUUACCUCCGACUCGUUCGACAAGACGCUUCGUCCAGCAAUUCCACCUCCGCUGAUACAGGCACAGGUGCGACAGGCAAUGAUCAAUCAUUCAUGGACAAAUAUUCCAAGGAAAUCUACAUUGGUCUAGCAGUAUUAGGAGUACUCAUUCUCUCAUACUUCCUAUGGGCAGUAACGACCCAUCGAUUAUCCUUUCCUCCAUUCAACCAGAAAAGGUGUAUAGACUGUAGAAAGGGUAUAUCGAAGGAUAAAACAGAGGAUGAAGAUUACUUUAAGAACGACCAAGAGUCUAAAAAGGGAUGGGUAUGUAAGGAAUGCCAGGAAAAGAGAGAGGAGAAGAUGUUGGAUAAAGAGCUAAAAGAAGGUGAAGAAGGUAAACACGCUAAAACAAAGAAGAAUGCUAACGACAAGAAGAAUAAGAAUAAGGCUGGAAGUAGGAAGAAUGAGGUGGUGGAUAGUGAUGAUUCGUCUGAUGAUUCUGAAGAAGACGAUAAAGUGGCGAAACGAGGCGUGAGGAAAAGUAUGGUUGUAUAUAAGAGAAAGAGUCGACCACCUCCUAUAAGUAGGACACGAAAAGAGGAGAGUGAAGUGGAGUACGUGAGUGAUUCAGACGAUGAGGACACGAGCGAUGAAGAGGAUGAGAGGGAGAAGAGGAAAGAGAAAGAUAGAAGACGAAGAGAGAGAGAAUAA